AAUUGAAUGGCUCGCAUAAGCAAUGGGGUAAUCACAUUGCUUAAUCUACUAACCCUAAUAUUAUCCAUCGGCGCCAUAGGGUUCGCCCUUUUGUUCUACGUAAAAAUAGGAUCGCCAUGCGAGGCGUCCCUGAGAAUGCCUCUUCUGGUGGUGGGUGGGGCCCUCAUGGGGGUAUCGAUGGCGGGGCUUUUGGGGGCUUGCUGUAGGGUCUCCUUCUUCAUGUGGAUUUAUCUGAUAACCCUUUUUCUGCUGAUUUUCGGGCUCGUAAUUUUCACCGUAUUUGCGAUAGUGGUGACGAAUAAAGGGAUUGGGAAUGUGGUAUCGUCAGAGACUGGGAUGGCGAUUAAUAAUCACAAGCUGGGUGAUUAUUCUUGGUGGAUGCAGAAUUAUGUGAUUAAUGGUGAGAAGUGGGAUAGGAUUAAGAGCUGUUUGGUCGACAUGAGACUUUGCGCUGCUACUAAUACGGUUGAUCAAGUUGUUGGCAAAGAAUUUGAGGAUUUUUACAAACCGAAAAUAUCUCCCAUUCAGGUCAUUCAUCUUUUCUCGGGUUGUUGCAAGCCGCCAAGUUAUUGCGGGAUGCAAAUGCAGAACUCGACGAGCUGGAAUAUGCCGGAAAAAGGUCCAGCGGUAACAGAACCGGAUUGCAAGAUAUGGAGCAACGAGCAAACGGAGCUUUGCUUCAACUGCGAGUCGUGCAAAAUGGCGGCUCUUGAUAAUGUGAGGAGGGAAUGGAAUAUUCUUGCCAUAGCGAAUACAUGCCUUCUCAUAUCUCUAACCAUCAUAUACUCCAUCGGGUGUUGUGCUCUGAGGAAUAACCAGGCUUAUGGAUAUACCAAAUACAGAAAUUACUAUGCUUGAUUCUUCA